AUGGAGAGAUAUCCUGAGUUUAAAACUUGCACUUGUUUAGAGGAUAUUUACUGCACCGUCAAAAAGUUACUGGGAACUGAAUGUAUUCCAGAAGAAGAAGAAUAUGAAGGUCCAAUGUCUUGCUUAAAAGUUGCAGCACUUUGCAUUGGGGACUCUGUAUGCAAUAAGCACUUGGCUGUACUUAUGAAGUCUUGCCCUGUUAAUGGAAAUACAUGUAGUGUAAAGGACUGCCAUAAGUCAAUACGCUCAUUCUAUGAAUCUAUGCCUUUCAAUGUUUCCCAAAUCCUGGCUUUUUGUGAUUGUGACCAAUCUCACGAGGACUGUCAACGUGCUGGAGAUGUGCUUCACAGCAGAUCAUGCACAGUCGCCACAGAUAUACCCAUGUCUUGUCUUCAUGUGGUCAAUAGCUGUUUUGAUAAUGAGCUGUGCAGAGAAAGAUAUGGAGCAUAUCAGUCAAAAUGUUGGGAACACACUUUCAGAUGCCAUAAUGAAAGGAGCUGUUUGCUAGGCUUAACCAAACAAGAUCUGACUUGCUCUGCUAGUGAGGAAUGUCGAGCUGCAUAUAUCGGAACUCUUGGAACAAAGCUGCAAACUCCAUGCACCUGUGACAUUGGACUUGGUUAUGAGGAACAACAUUUAUGCCAUUUGUAUUCCCACAUACUGAAUGGCAGAUCCUGUUUGAAAGGAAUUACUGCAAGAAACAUCCAUGCAUCAUAUAGUGACACACAAGAUGAGCAGAUAUCAAAACCACACACCUAUCAAAGUGGUGAGUAA